CCCCCCGCUCCUGGAAGGAGUCAGAAAUUCCCGGACGGGAAGGUGAAACAUUCAGGAUCGUCCCGGGGAAAACCGAAGGUGGGAUCACCUUGCUCCAGCGCCAUGGGUGUGAUAGGUGUGCAAUUGGUUGUUACCAUGGUAAUGGCCAGUGUCAUGCAGAAGAUUUUACCUCACUAUUCUCUUGCUCGAUGGCUUCUUUGUAAUGGCAGUUUGCGAUGGUAUCAGCAUCCUACAGAAGAAGAGUUACGCCUUCUUGCAGGAAAACAACAAAGAGGAAAGAGCAAAAAAGAUAGGAAAUAUAAUGGUCAUAUUGAAAGUAAGCCACUAACCAUCCCAAAGGAUAUUGAUCUUCAUCUAGAAACAAAGUCAAUUACAGAAGUGGAUACUUUAGCAUUGCAUUAUUUUCCUGAAUAUCAAUGGCUGGUGGAUUUCACAGUGGCAGCUACAGUAGUUUAUCUAGUUACUGAAGUCUACUACAGUUUGAUGAAACCUACACAGGAAAUGAAUAUCAGCAUUGUCUGGUGCUUGCUUGUUUUGACUUUUGCAAUCAAGGUACUGUUUUCAUUGACUACACACUAUUUCAAAGUAGAAGAAGGUGGUGAAAGAUCAGUUUGUGUUACCUUUGGAUUUUUUUUCUUUGUCAAAGCUAUGGCAAUCUUGAUUGUUACUGAAAACUACCUAGAAUUUGGACUUGAAACAGGUUUUACAAAUUUUUCAGAAAGUGCGAUGCAGUUUCUUGAAAAGCAAGGUUUAGAAUCCCAGGGUCCUGUGUCUAAACUUACUUUCAAAUUUUUCCUGGCUAUUCUGUGUUCACUUAUUGGUGCUUUUUUGACUUUCCCUGGGUUGCGGCUGGCUCAAAUGCAUCUGGAUGCCCUGAAUUUGGCAACAGAAAAAAUAACACAAACAUUACUUCACAUAAACUUCUUGGCACCCUUAUUUAUGGUCCUGCUGUGGGUAAAACCAAUCACCAAAGACUACAUUAUGAACCCAACUUUGGGUAAAGAAAGUGUUCCUUUAAUGACAGAAGCUACAUUUGAUACUGUGAGACUCUGGUUGAUACUCCUGUUGUGUGCCCUGAGAUUGGCUCUGAUGCGCAAUCACCUUCAAGCUUAUCUAAACUUAGCCCAGAAGUGUGUGGAUCAGAUGAAGAAGGAAGCUGGUCGAAUUAGUACUGUUGAUUUGCAAAAAAUGGUGGCGAGAGUGUUUUAUUACCUUUGUGUAAUUGCACUGCAGUAUGUGGCACCUCUGGUCAUGCUGCUCCACACAACCCUACUUUUGAAAACACUAGGUAAUCAUUCCUGGGGAAUCUAUUCUGAGUCUAACUCUGACUCUCUAGUGGAGGACCAUCCAUUCUCUGGUUCUGUUCAUUCUGAAUUACCAUCUACUGAUGAAAAAAUGAAGGUAACUGUUACUCAGAUAACAAUGGCAUUGGGCAGCCUAAAGACCAUCUUUACGCCUCUGCUCUUCCGAGGGCUCUUGUCAUUUCUGACUUGGUGGAUUGCUGCUUGUCUCUUUGCCACAAGCCUUUUUGGACUUUUUUAUCACCAGUACCUGACUGUGGCAUGAACUAAUCAUCUAACAAAGACAAUAACAGCAAAAGAUAGUGACGGCAACCUAGUUUGGAGUCCAUGUGCCUUUGAAGAAACAUCUAAGGAAAAUCAGAAGAAAUCAGAAAGACUGAAGAAAAAUACAUAUCAUCUAAGUAGCUUCUUCUUUUUUUUUUUAAUGCUUCCUCUGUCUUCUCAGGGUGAAUUAAUGUUUUGAUGUUUAAAAUCACAAGUUGAUUUGUUAAUUUUCUUAUGUAAAUAGUGAGUAACUAUUGAAUCUUGGCUGUGGAACUGUGACUUUUUUCCUUUAUAUAUAUGGACAAAUAUAUAUGCAUCUGUGUGUGUGUGUGUGUGUGUGUGUGUGUGUGUGUGUGUGUAUACAUAUGCACACAUAUAUACAUACAAACAUACAUAUACAUUUACUAAUGUGAGAGGGCUAUUUAAAUGUUUAUGAUCACUUUAGUUUACAGAAACACUCAACUGUCCUUGGAAUUUUGUUUAUGAGUUCAGUCCUUGUCUGAUGCCUUUGAAUGGUAUUAAGGUACUGGUAAAAUUAAUGGUGGCUGCCUAGAGAACAAUCUUGAAACUGAGCCAUAUUUGGGGGAGACAAGGGAGAAAAAAAUAAACUUCUGUUGGAACUGUAUUAGUUGCUCUUCCAGAUGAAUAACAGCAACUACAACAAAUCCAACAGGAAAGAAGAAACAGCUGCUGUAUAUUACAGCAAAGGAAGCUGUAGUAUUUUUUAAUUUAAUGGAGAUGUAAGUGCAUAAUACCAGCAAGUAUUGCUGCCUGAGCAUAGCAGGAAUUGUUAUUGUUAAAUAUACGUUGUCUCAAUCUCUGCAGUUUAUUUUUUUAAUGGCCAUAUGAACAAUAAUUGCUUUUGAGUCUCACAAAUUUGGGUAGGCCUCAAUUUCUGGGGUUUUUUUUCCCAUGUUUUUGGACAAAUAUAUCUUAAAUCAGUAUAAAGAUUUAUCAACACUGAUCAAACUUUUAAAAAUAAGUUUUAGUCCUGCUGAAUGCAUAUGUGUAUUGUACAUAUUAUAUAUUAGAUAUAUAAUAUAUUGAAGUUAUAAAAGAUGAAGUUAGAGAAGUCUUAUUUUAAGUUGCUUAUUGUAUAUCAAAAGGUGAUUAAAUAGAGGUACAUAUGUUUCUAGAAGUUUCAGGCUUUUUGAAGGAAAAUUAAAAGUCAUUUUUGAAAGUUCAGCAGAAAGCUGUUGAUUUGUACUUCCUCUACGACACUUAGAUUACUAAAAAUGCUUGGGACUUCUUAGUUGUUAACUCUACUAAUAUACUGUAAUUCUUACUCUGUCAUUUCUUAUGUUUUCCAGAGUAAAAUCUUCAGUACCCUUUAUAUUAUGACCAAUAAUAAAAAUUUCAUUUGAAUCUUUAUAAAUAAAUAUUCCUAAAAGAAAUAAAUAGGACUUUUAAAAAUGACAUCUUAUAGUUUCAGAAGCAAGAAAUAAUCAGAUAUUUGAUACAGAUUUUAAUUUAGUUUGGUUUUCUAAUACACACAUGCGAACACAUGAACAUGAUGAAUUUGAAUAUUUAAAACUUAAAAUUCAGAGUUAGGAAUUUAAAGAUUUACAGGGGUUGUUACUAUAUAGUGUGGUUAAUUUUUAAAAUAACUUUAAAAUAAAUUGGACAUCUUAAUGAGAGUUAUCACUCCAAGCAGCCACCAAGGAAGAUCUAUAUUCUAAGAAAGUUACUACUGCUCAUGUUAUUUCUGUAGUUUUGGAAUAGCCAUCAAAACGUGCACAUAUAAUCUUUUUAAUAUUUUCAGUGGUGUAAAAGUUUUCACCUUUAUGAGUGAUUUUGAUUUUGGAAUAGCCAAAGACCAUUUGAAGCUAAGUGUGAUGAGUAAAGUGCAUACUCAAUCCUAGGUAGUUCAGUUUGGGUCCACAGUAAGAUAUGACUAAGUAAAUAAUGAAAUCGAUUUACUUUUGUAUUUUAUAAAGUGCCCCUGAAAGCAGUUCCUAUUGGAGAGUUCCAGAAUUGUUCUUUAAAGGGUACCAGUAUUGGUGACUUAAGUGUAUAAGCUCUUAAGGUUAUGCAGAAAGAACAUUUAUUUAGAUGUAUGACUUGACAUAUUUGGUAAAAUAUCAGUCCUAUUACUUUAAAGUCAUGUCUCAUGUCUGCCUCUCUAAAUGUCAUUAAGGAUUUAGGGAUAAUUCUUUGUGUUUAUUGAACUAAACUGCCAUAUGUAUGCAUGUGUAUGUAUGUGGGUGUAGGUGUGUGUAUAAGGAAAUGUGUUUGAGUAGUUCUGAAUUAAGAGGGCAUAGUAGAAUUUGUUGUUGCUUUUAUAAUUUUAAGUUCUUACCAAAGGUACUACUUACUCCUCACUUUUUAAAAUCUGUACUUUGGAAUAAAGUGCAGAAAGAAGAAAAGAUCUCUUCAUAAAUUGAAAGAAACCACAUUUCAUAUAAUCUCAUUAUUUCAGAUGGAUACUUAUAAUUUUUUAAAAUAUUGAGAUGAUUUAUUUUAAAACCUAUUUUGUACCAAAUUUCUAAGCCACAAAUUUUGCACAAUUCACAGAUUACUUCAGGCAAUAGAUAUCUAUUUAGUUCUAGAACAAAUUCUUGAGGAAAAAUUUUUGAGAGUAAAUUAAGGAUAAUGAUUGCUAGCUAGAAAAUUUUCAAGGGCUCAUAGCAAGUAAUACAACUUUAUGGGUGCAAACGUGUGUGUGUAUCUUUAAAGAAGCUUGGAACUUCAGAGUUAAAUCAAAUUUUUAUUUCUGGAGCAUUGGUUGUUUGAUAAUCUCAAAACUUAAACAGUAGAGAAAAUAUAAACUAUUAGAUUAUUCUUAAUUUCCUGAUUUUUCUUUUACCUUAUUUUUUCCUCUAUCAGACUUUUUUCUCACUGCUAUAUGCUGAGUAAAGUAUUUUUUAGUGUACUUGUGUGACCAUAGUGAGUAGAAACACUUAAAAUUCUAUCUUAUAUGACUUGGUGAAAUUUUCCCCACAAUUGUUUCAAAAAAUUGCAACAAAUAUAUGACAAAAAUUUAUAAGAAGGAGAAAUGAUUCAUUUUUCAUUUCUGAUACAAACCAACAAUAAAAUGAUUAGCAACGUUUAUCCUUGUAUUAUGAUUCAGAAGAAAAUGAAGUUGAUUAGUUCAGGGAAAAGGAAACAGUAUUAGUUAUGGAGCUUUAAUUGUAAUGUAAAAGAGUAUAUUUUGUUCUUGUAAAUAAGAAAUUAAAUACUCUCUUUCCAAAUAGAAAAUUUUAACAUUUUCAGAAAUUAUCUAGUUUCUCAAUCUGGUAGACUUUCUGAGACCAUCUCAUAAUUGAAAUUUUUCUGUUAUGGUCGUGUAGCUCUUUCAGCAAAGUAAAAAAAGUGAUUUUUGAAUGUGAAUCAUUCAGUGUCUUCAUGAAGCUUUAGUUGGCUUAAAGAAUCAGAUCCAACCAUACUUAGGAUUCCACUGUUUGAACUCAGUCUCAAAUAGUCACCCAAUUGCAUCUUUUUUCUCCCACUAAUAUCUGUGCUUUGACUUUUUAACUAAACUCCUCAUGGUGAUGAGAAUGGUGAUAAGAAUGCUGAAUAUGACCAUACAGCAAAUAUCAUCUUUCACACCUUUUCUUUAAAGAAUUAAUCAAUGAUUUCCCUUUAUUCUUGACUGUUUCUAUUUAUGUACAUUUCUUAAUCACAAAUUACUUUUAAGUUAGGUGAAUCUUUUCUUCAUGUGGAAAGAAACAGUAGAGAGUGGACUAAAUUAUCUCUAAGGUACCUUCUGGGACACACUAAAAUUCCAAAUCUGAUAUGAAUUUAUCUGGUUUGAUAGUAACUUGAAGAAUAUAUAUAAUUAUACUAUGUAUUUAGAAAUGUCUGCUGCCUAUUUUUUUUUUUCAAGUUGUAUGGGUUUGUUUGUUUGUUUUUUACUUAUUUAUUUAUUUAAUGUUUUUUUUCCCCUUAGUUACAUUCAAAUAAUUUUUUUUUCUUACAUUUGUUUUUAAGAUUUUUGAGUUCUAGGUUCUCUCCUUAUCCCCACCCACAAUUAAGAAACCACAUAGAAAGUUAUACAAAACAUUUCCGUAAAAGUCAAGUUGUGAAAGAAAACCCUUGAGAAAAAUUAAAUUAAAAAUAAAAACAUAUAAAGAGAGAAUGCUUCAGUCUAUAUUCAAACACAAUUCCUUCUUUGCAUAUGGAUUGGAUUUUUCAUCAUAAUCCUUUAAAGUAGAUUAUGUUGAUAAUUGUACUACUGAAAAUAGCAGUCACUCACAACUUGCUGACCUUAGUCAUAUUUCUUAGUGAACAUUUAUUGAAUCCGACUUGAAAAUGAUGAUGUAUCAAACUUAUAUUCAAAAGUAUUUUUUACCAAAAAUAAUUAUUUUGGGGUAAUCUGGGAUUGCAAUUUGCCAUCUUUGUUACGCACAUAGUCAUAGGACUUUUAUCAUCUGAUAGGGAAAGAAAUGAUUAAUAUAGAACACAGAAGUCAUAUUUAUAUUAAUUUAUCAUAUCUUUGAAAAAAAUUAUCUCUUCACCUCCCUCCAAAAAAAGGCUGGUUAUUUAAAAAUAACAAAUUAUCUAAAUUUAACCACUGAAGUACAUUUUCACUGGAUCAAUUUCAAUUUAAUUCAACUGAUAUUUAUUAAAUACCUAUUAAAUACACUGUGAUAAGCACUUGGGAUAAAAAAGAUAAAAACUAUACUCCUGCCCUCUUGGAGCUUGCAGUCUUCUGGGAGUUACCACAGGGACAUAGAUUUGUGUUUAUGUCUUUCCCAUCUAGUGUAGUGCUUUGUAUAAGUACAUAAUAAAUGAUUGAUUGAUUAUCUAAGGUAAUUUCAGGACCCUAAAGGUAGCACUUUAUGGGUGAGUUAAUACCUGACUUAAGCUUUGUAUAAAGCUAAGAAUUGUCAUGUGCUUUGUCAUAUGCUGUUCAGGUUAAUUGAAAUGCUAUUUUAAAUAUUGUUAUGCAUAUUUGAAACUGCUAUGUGACUGUGGCAAAAACAAAUCUUGCUCCUAUUGAAAGAUGAUCUCUUACCUGACAAAUUAGCAUGCACUUUUUAGAAAGGUUAUCUAUACCCACAAGAAGCUCUGAGACUGGAGAACCUUUCUGCCAUGUUUACUUCCCAAAUCCAUUCAGUUCAGUAAAUAUAUUAAAACACUUACUGUGUUCUAAGUGUUAAGAAUGCAAAGAUAAAAAGAAUCAGCUCCUGCUGUCAAGAAAUUUAUAUUUUACCAGGACAUUCAUGGUUUUCAAGAUUUUUCAGUUAAAGAAGUAGGGAAUUUGAGAAGAGAAAAUUUUGCCUCAAUUAAAUGGUUCAAAUGACAUUAAAGACUCUGGUGUGGGAAUCUAGAGAAAUCUUUAUGAGGGAGUAAUUUUCCAUUUUCUCAAGCAUUAACAAAAUGCUAAUGGUAUUAUAUGCCAUUCAUGAUUUUUUUUUUCCCCCAAGGGAGGGGGCUAUCUUCAACUUUUUUUUAUUUUAUUUUUUUAAAAGUAUAAUAUUUUUUGAUAGUCUUUAAGGAAAGAAAUUAUUAUUACUAUUUUCCCAUAUUGCCUGCUUUAGCAAGUAGCUGCUGAUGCCAUUAGUUAUCUUCUUCACACUGCAUCAUACCAAAGAAAUUAUCUUUUUUUUUUUUUAAAUUCCAUUCCUCUUUUUUUUAACUAUGAAGCAUAGUGGUUAGUGUUUUCUUAUCAGAGUCAGUAGCAGCAAGUCAAAGUAUAAUAUCUGAAUCUAAAAUUUCCUUCCUCCAGAAAUUUCCUUAUGCUACCCAGUUACCUGUUAAUAGAGAGAUUUUCAAAGAAGUAAUUAGAAGAGACUAGGGAGACUUAUUAGUUGGUAGAGGAACUUGACUCCUAUUUUCUUAAGAACCUGAUGCAGAUGCCAAGGGAAGUAAUAACUGCAAGAGCCAGUUUAUUUGUUUGUUUGUUUUUCUGGACAAGUUGGAAUCUAGAAGUUUAUCUAUUCUUUACAUAUAUAUGUCAUCUUCUCUAUUGAUCAAAAAAAAUAGUAUUCUAUAAGCUACAAUCUUUGUAUUUUCCUUUCUGGGUUUAAAUUAAGAGAACAUAAUGAGCCAUAUAUAUAUGUAAUUAGUUAUUUUCAGGAUACAAAUUAUCUUGAAAGGUAUAUUAAUAAUAUCUGGAUAGUCAGCUUUAAUUUAGUCAAUUACUGCCCCAUAAUAAUAAUACCCGUUUGGUUUGAAAUUUUAACUACUCAAAAUGUAUAGAUUACAUCGUGAAAUUUCUUGGUCACCUUUGGAAUCUAACUUGGUGUUUACUGAAAUUCUAUUAAAUCUGAUGAUAGAAGUUCAAAUUAUUAGAAUGCAAAAGUUGUAUCAAUGAUGCAUAUGCCAUCAUUAUUUAUGUCUUGCCUAUAAGAUGAAUGUAUUUAUUCCUUGUGUUAUCUAUGCAAUAGUGGCAAAUCAGAUGGAUGGCUUAAAUUAUAAGUUAAAUUUCCAGAGGCUGUUUUAGUGGCAUUUAAAGAGUGGAACCCAUAUAUUUGGUACCUUGUCAUUUGCCACAUCUGUUUUGCAAGGUGCUAGCAAAUUUGAGCUAUGUUAAAUUUUAUUUUCUAUAAAAUCUAAAACAUGAAGGUAACAUAAUAUCCAGAGUUCAUAUAUGUUCAUUGGAAUACAUUGCUUAAUUUAAAUUCAAAUUAGUAAAUAUUAGGCACUUGUUACAUGCAAAGAUUUAUUCCCUUAAAUGACUUUAAAAAAGUUUUUUCCCAGAAAAAUGUGGAGGGAGGGGAGAAAAAAUUUUUUAAAAGUUAUAGGUAAAGAAUAGUGGAGUUCAUAUUACCAUUUUAUCUAAAAAUAACUAAUAAUAUACAGUACCAACUCCCUUAAAAGCUAGAGAAAUUAUUCAACUUAUGGUGAAUCUUUUCCAGGAUGUGUAUUUAUGUUUGAACUAAUUAGACAAAUGAAAGUAUCACUUAAGUCUCAGUCAUUUAAAUUUUUUAAAUUUUACAAGUUUGAAAAUAGGCUGCAUGACAUGAUAUUUUAUGUGUGCUGCUAAUAAUAUUGGGAAUAAACAAAAAUUAUAUUCAAGAAGGUUCUUCUGAAUUGGCUUUGUUCCUUCUAUCUUUAUUUUUAAAUGUUAGUGUUUUCUGUUUUGUGUUUUUUUGUGGUAAAAGAAGACUUAUAAUUCUUUUUAUGAAGAAAAUGUGAUUUUUUAAAUUAAAAAAUGCCAAAACACAGAAAAUUAAACUAGUUUGGCUUACUUUUUAAAAAUAAUUGAGAUACUGAAAGUAAAAUCAGUAAUGGUUAUGUGUAUUUGUACUUGUUCUUUAAAUAUCCAUGAUUAUAUUUCUUUUCCUUUCUGAAACAGGUGGUUUGCAUUUUAAAAGAUCUCUUGAAGCUCAGUUAAAAGAAAUGAAGUUUGCAAUUUUCUAUCUUUAGGGGAACGUGAAUAUCAAUUUAAAAUUCAUAAAGCUUUUAUUAUUAUAUAGAAUAUUCUUUAGUUUCAUAACAAGGGAAGAGACGUGCCUCAUGUCCUAUAAGUUAUCUCACUUUAGAAUGUUGCUUUAUUCUACUGAUUAUAAACACAUUUAGCUUUUAUCAAGGGGAAAAAACAUUUUUCUACUUGCUUUUUUAGCAACAAACUUAAUACUGGAACAAUUGUUUUGAUUGUAUCCAUAUAUAUAGUCAUGCUACAGUUCUUUCACAUAUCCUUUAUAAAGUUUGUUGUUAACAGUAUUUUUAGAGAAUUAUAAACCAUGCCCUGAAUUAAUUUUUACCGUUCUUUAUAACAUGUACCUUUUCUGUAGCUGAUUUUUAUGGCAUUUAGUACUCUUAAGUAUUCGAUUUUAUAUGCAUACUUAUAAGUGAGGAUAUAUUCAGAAGAUGUAAAUAUCAUUUUUCUCCAGUCAUAUGCCUCUUACUUUAUCCUGGUCUUCACAGAAUUACACUACAUCUUAACAUGUUGUCUCAUACUUAAGUUACAGAUAAUAGAAUUUUCCAUCAGAAAUGAGAAUUUUUAAGGUACAAAAUUACUUUAUAAUUUAUAAAAAUUGCUUUAAAAUACCUGUUUGUGUAUAAACUAAACAUUUAGAUUUAAGGUUACAUUUCAGUAGUUUCAGGAUUCCUGUUGGGUAUCUUUAAAUUAAUUUGAAUUUCUAGUACAUUAUCCAUAAUUAUAUUCAAACAAGUAGCAAGAGGAAAAUGAAUAAUUACUCUCUUCAUUGGCACCUAAAUAUGCCACAUAUUUCAGUAUAAUGGGAGAAAAAAAAAAGAUUCUCUCUUGUUCCUAAAGCAGUUGAUGUUAUUGGUUAUUAUUUUUGGUGCUUGCUAAGAAUUUGUCCAUCUAUGCUAGUUAGUAAUGACAGUAGCCCAUAGUUUGUCAAGAGACAUCUGUCAUAAAGGAAAAGGUAAAUCUAUAGGGCAGCAUUUAAACAAAAAAAAAAAUCAAUCUUUAAACAGUGUCGUAAAUUGUGCAUAUUAAAAAAUACUAUCUCAACUUUAGAAUAAACUAUAUAAAUAUUAAGGUGCUUUAAUAUUUUAAAUCUCCCAAUUUUACUUCAUAAGGGACCAAAAUAAGAAAGAAAAAAUCUUAAAACUUUUAGUUGUGGCAAAAACAAAAGCCAUUUUCACUGUUAUAUUCCAUAGGAUUUUGGAAUCAAAACCUAUUUGGCAAUUAGAAGCCUCAUGCUUGCCCAUGUUAUUUAACAUUAUAAAUUUUGAUGGGGCAAUACAAAGCUUAUUAAUAAUUUGCCAUUGACAGUAUCUUCUCACUGUCCUUAGAAAAUAACAUUUUUAAACUUGUUUUGUUCUCUAUUGUAUCAUCCACUCCAAAAGACCUCUUUUCCUUUAUUCUCAUACUUGUCAGAGGUGACUGAGAAAAGAGAAAAACAUGAUCUUGUAACUUGUUCUAUUGAAACUAACACAAUGGAAUAAUGUGGAUAAAAUUUAUUUAAUUAAAAUCAGAUAGUUUGGGUUUACAUACAUCAAAUCAGUUAGUAGAAUCUGACAUGGCAUGCUGGGAACUAGUCAAAAAGAGAACUUUUACAAUUUGUAGCAAGCAUACCCUCUUGUAAGUUGAUUUGCCAAUUGGUUUGAGUGAGGUCAGUAAAACUUGGAUAUUCAUACUGUCAUGCCAACAUGUACAUAAACAUCACAGAAAGUAUACAGCAGAUUGAAGUGAGAAUAAUAAUUGUAAAGUUUUUAAAAAUAUCUUUUAUGUUAAAGUCAUGACAAACUGUUCAAUUUGGAAGUUUUAUUUUUUUAAAAACUAAAAUUUUUGGUAUUUAAAAAUAUUUACAUAGUGAUUCAGCAGAAAAAAAAUAUGGCUCAGUUGUACAUGAUAAUUCAAGAAUUUGAUCUUUUUGCAUGUAAAGAAUUAAAUAUAUGUGUAAGCUGUAUUUUUGAAUUAAUAGCAUAUAUACCAAAGGAAACACUCCUUAUAAAGAAGCCUUAUAGUGUCUUCUGCUUUUCAAGCUAAAAUGAAAUGUCAUUAGUAAUUAGUGUGUUAAUGUAAUGAUGGGGCAAAGGAAAUGUGUCUCUACCCAGCUACUGUAUAGCUCUUUUGUUAUUUUCUUGCACCAUGUGUAGGAUGGUGUAUUGUCUUUAUUGCUGCUAAUGUUUUAUUUAAGAGAUUUUUAAAAAGCUUUUUAUCCUCUUACUUGAUAGAUAUUUGCAUGUCAUUAAAAAAAACCUAAUGAUGUUGAAAAUGAUGAACAACUUGCUGAUUUAAACUUUUUUGCCAAGUAAGGAAAUACUGUGAGAUUUUAUUGCAACUAUGAUUUGUGAUUUUGGUGUUUUUUUUUUUUUUUUAAUGUUCCCAUUAAUUUAUUUGAAAUUUAAUGUUUUCCCUUUAGGAAAAAGCACAAGUUAAAUAUUGAUUAAAAGUUUUAAAGUCAAGAUACUUAUCUUCAAAUGAUUAUAAAUAAUUAUAUGAUUUAAAAGAAUUUUUUUUUCAAAUUGGUUGUGAUCAUAUGUAGAUACUGUGAAAUGCAUUCAGAUGAAGAGGGAGGUAUUAUAAACAGUGUCUAUAGUUUUAAAAGAAAUAUUUUCCCACCCUCAUUUUGUGUAUUUUCCCUUUCCAUCAUUGUAAUACAUACAAACUUUGUUGUUUCUGUUCCUUUACCUUUGCAUGUAGUAUAUUCAUUAAAUUGUUUUUACACAGUACUGCCUGAAUCAGAAAUACAGCAACUUUGAAACCAAAGAUCAAUAAAAGAAUUCCCCCAUAUA